AGUACUUAAUAAUUUAGCAAAAUAAAAAUGUGUGUCUCUACAUAAAAAUUACAGCAAGUUUUGUAAUAUAACCACUUUCUAAACAAACUGCAAGUAUCACAUUUGCGAUGUCAAUAGAAGAGCGAAGAAAAAGAUCGGAGCGUAUAUCGCAAUGGGAGGAGCUCAUGCGCAAGUUUGCCCAAUCUCACAAGGAAGAGUGCAGGGUAUACUCGCUAGCCAUACCUCGAGUGGAGAGGUCUGAGAAACGGUUCCCCACUGGUUCCACCUACUGCGGCACCUGGGAUGUUCUCGGCAUGAGCGGCGAUGUAAAGUAUACCUUUCCUAAUGGAGCAAUAUACCAAGGUCAGUUUGAGGAUGGCAUGUUCCAUGGUGAGGGUAUUCUGAAGUACCCCAGCGGCAUCAAGCUUCGCACCAAGUGGAAGAGGGGAGAACUCGUAGAGAAGACUUUGGUGUAUUCUGAUGGAUCGGAGUACAAACCUGAUUCCAGCUACUGCGUCUUGCCGGAUAGACGGUUCACUAUAGAACUCGACAACGGUUUACAACCAGCUGGCAAAUCAUAUUUAACAGCUGAGCAGCCUACGAGAGAAAUACCGCUUGGUUACUACGACACGGGAGAUGGUUUCUACAAUCCUAAUUCUAAAAUGAUACAUAAAAGUGAUAAUAUUUAUGGCAUUCUCAGGGCUCCCUCAGAGUACGAGCAAAAAUGGAUUGUAGAAAAUUGUCGUAAGUCACCUAUGUUGCCUGUCGGUCCUAGAAAAGAUUUGUACGAGGAAUGGGUGGAACCACCACAAGUACUUAAACGAUGCAAAUGUGCCUGCCCCAACUGUAUUCAAGAGUGAGGUGGCUUAUGACUAGUUAGGUUAAAUUACC